AUGUGUUGUCUCUGCGACGAAGAAAUUCUGUCGACGAGUGGUUUGCCUCACGACGACCUUGCCGCGCACACGCAACCUCCGCGCCCGCCGCCGCGCCGCAACCACUUGCCUCCGCUCCUCUGUUGCUGCCGCGUCGUGAAAGUGUUGCGCACGUGUGGCGUGGCGCGAGUGUGUGAUGCUCGAGACGCGCAGCGGCGGGCGCCGGCGCCGCGAGUAGCCGCGAUCAUGCGGGGGCCGCGCACCGCGCUCGCCGCCGCCGCUUGCCUCGCAUUCAUCGUCUUGCUGGCCCAACAUUCCUCUGCUUCUUCAGAUAUCAUCAGCGGGCACCGCGCGCCGUGCUCCAACGAGGGCGAACCGGUCAGUCUUCAGGACGCCAAGCUGGAUCAGAUCUGGAAAAGCUGCUUCCGCUGUAUUUGUAAGAACGGGUUCGUGGAGUGCCGGAACGGAGGAGAAGAGUGUGGCGAUAUGAAAGAGUGCGCAGUGGUGAUGCCUCGCGAAGGCUGCUGUGCGCGAUGUAAAGGGUGCUGGUAUAAUGGGACUGAACACGCUUCUCAUACGGAAUGGGCAGACGACGGCAAAGUGCUACGCUGUGAGGCCGGUGUCAUCACUAUCUCAAGACCAGAGUGCUACUCGCCUUGUGAAAAGCCCAAACACCAGAGGCAUACUCACUACAACUGUCCUGUUUGCGAUGGAUGCAGAAUCAACGGGCAACUUGUGCGGGAAGGACGAGAUGUGCGCAUUACAGAGGAACCGUGUCUAUCAUGUAGAUGUGUGCAUGGUUCUUUAUCGUGUGCUAAGCGCGCCUGUCCUGUGCUUCCUUGUCAUGACACUCAGCAGCAUACACCGAUAGGGGAGUGUUGUCCGCGGUGCAAGUACAACACCAUGGAUAAAAUUAUGCCACUUUCAGGAAAUAAGUCAUGCAUAAUCGGACAACACUUCAACGCCCAUCUCACCACGUUUCGAGUGGACCCGUGCACAGACUGCACAUGUAUGAACGGCACAGCGGUGUGCAUGAGACAUACUUGUCCUGUAUUGACAUGCGGUGCUCGAGCGCUGCCCCCGCCUCCCGGCAAAUGUUGCCCAGUCUGCCCUCAAGUCGAAGAAGCUAAGGCUUCCUGUAUUAUUGGUGGAAAAACUUAUCAAGACGGAGAUACCUGGCAACUCGACGCAUGUAAAUCUUGUGAAUGCCAUGCAGGUGAACCACGCUGCGCCAUGGAAAGCUGUCCUACUAUGUCUUGCUCUUCGGAUCAAGUUUUGCGCCAAAUGCCCGGCCAGUGCUGUCCAAAGUGCAUCGAUAUUGACGGAAUAUGUACGGUCUUUGGCGAUCCCCACUACAAAACUUUCGAUGGAAAAUUCUAUAGUUUUCAAGGAUCGUGCAAAUAUCAACUGGUCUCGGAUUGCGUUAACAACACAUUUUCAAUAAGAAUAUCAAAUGACGCAAGAAAUACAACGCAUUCUUCAUGGACACGAACAGCGACGCUUCGCAUUGGCGCCACCAAAUUCAACAUGGGCAAGAAGAUGCGCAUUAAAGCUAAUGGACAGAGAAUAACAUUGCCGUAUGUUAUGAACGGUGUCGCUGAAGUAGCUCGCAACAAUGGAUCAGUUUUGCUGAAAGCUGAUAUUGGCAUACAAAUACUUUGGGAUGGUGACGGCUUUUUAGAAGUGACGGUAUCCAGUGCAUAUAAAGGAAAACUGUGUGGAUUAUGCGGUAAUUUUAAUUCUGUUGCUAGAGAUGAUAUGAAGUCACGAGAUGGAAAAUUGUUGAGUGAUCCAUGGAAAUUUGGCAUGUCGUGGCGCGUGGGUGGAACACGUGCUUGCACUCGUCGUCAAGAGCGACCAAUGAACCCGCGUUGUAGGCAGACCAAGAUGACGAAGGCUCGAAGACUUUGUCGAGGAUUUGACAGAAAUGAAGCGUUUGCAGAAUGUAGACUCCGGAUGAAUCCUUAUAAUUAUCGGGAGGCUUGUUAUUUGGAUGCUUGUAACUGUGUAGGUGUUCGGUGCCACUGUGCAGCGUAUAGAGCAUAUGCAAGGGAAUGCACGCGACUUGGGGCAGAACCGGCGAAUUGGGCUGAGAGUGUUUGGUGCGAAGGCCGAUUGCCACCUUGGCUAGGCCGCGGGCGGAGAGGUCAAGGUCGAGCAAUUAAGCAGCAGGAUACGUUGCCAACAUUAAGCACGCUUCCUAUGAAGCCCAGGGGUCGAGCGCGGCCACCACCUCCGAUCUUACACUGAAAAUUACGUCGGCAUCAUAUCUACUAGUCAUAUUUGCCGGAGUGGCAAAGUGAGAGUAUUACGAGGGCAGUACUGCACGGUAUGUUAGAUAUACCUACGAGAAAACUUUACAAGGAACGAAGAUCUAUCUACACAAACAGUAUUCAAAUAACUACUUAUACUUUACAUGUAUAGUUAGAUAAAUAUGCGUAAUAUAAAUGAUGCCCAGGGUUUGGAACCGCUUUAAAAAACCGUUUAUUUUCGUCAUCACUGGUUAAUUUAUCGUUUAUUGAUUUAUCGGUUAAUCUAACAAAUGUUGUGAACUGCACUAACCUACACCAAAUAAAAUAAAUUAGUUUAACUGAAACGAUCGCGGCCACCAUUAAAAAGAGCAAAUAGCCAGGGAGAAAGUAGAUGAUCGAGACGGUAAAAGGGCGUGUUGCUAAACAGAUGGGUGUCUGGGUUGGAGCGGGCGAGGUGCCCCAAAUACCACAGGAAUGAUCAUUGCGAUCUUGCAACCGGUCGCCAUUCGGCACAAUGGAGUAUACCGGGUUUUUUGGUGAGCAGGAACACCUUUUGUAGGUAGCUAUACUAUUACUUCUCUACCUACUACUUGACACCAGUCUGCAAAGAAUUUGGCUUUGAACCACGCCUCCCUCUGCAACCAGGCGCUUAAUACAGUCAACAUGGAGUAGGACACCAAUCCACAAAUAUAACAAAAUUACCCAGAACGCCUUUUGAACAUGGCUAUCCCAAACAUCAAGCUGAAAUAUAAUUUAAAUUUCAAGGUAGUAUUUAGGCUUUGCCUGAAUGGUGAUCGCCGACCAUAGUCGAAACCUAACUUUGGGAACGUAUCAUUCAUUUGGCACCAGGCGUAGGUAAAGUUGCUUCAUCAAUAAAGAAUCAUGACCAAUCGGUCAAGUAGACCGAAUAUUGCAAUUGUUUUGUACAGUGGUUUCCGAACGGGAAAGGACACCCUUUCAACCACAAUUCACACAAUGUUUAUUGACACAGAUACAUUUAUUUCUGAAACAAAAAGCAUCCUUGCUAUCUGUAAUAUGAAACCAACUUAUAUUUGCUGUCUUUGCUUAUACCAAUUUAUAUACGCAUACCAAUGAUUUGACGCAUACUGUUAUGUGCUGGACUCUUUUAAGGAGAGGGCUUAUUCUUUGUUUAUUAACCUACACAGGCCCACUAGUGUGCAUGGAACUCCUUUGAGUAUAGUGUUUAAGAUUGAUUUAUCAAUCUACAUACGUCCACUGAUCUGUCCCCCUUGUCAUAACUAACGUAAUCGAUAUUUUUAUUCAAUUUGAUUGAUUAACAUAUCUAGGAUCACCGAAGCGAGACCUACAACAGCCUCUAAUUGGUCUAUUAUAUCUUAUUUAGUUUCGGUUUUAGUGUUAAGCAUCAUCAGCGCGAUUGACGUUUUAUACUAACAAAAAAGACUUUAGGUGCAUUGACCUACCAACAAAUGCCAAUGCGCUAUUUAUGACAAGAGGGCAGUGCUGUAUACGGGCCAUUUACUUAGCAGGCAAGCAUUAUCCCCACUACGAAAUCACUGCUUAGUAACAUUUUGAACGUGUCUAUUAAUUAUAGGCAUUAGUAACAUUACGGACUUGGACGUAUCGGCCACAUGCAGUUAUGUCUUAUUGGUCAUGGCUGUCCAACUUCCCAAAUACAUCAUGUGUGUCCGUCGUGUCGGGCAUGUUCAUCAUGACUGUCAUGUCUGUCAUAGCCAACUGCGUCUGUGGCACCUGUUGUACAAGGCCAGAUUGCCUUGUGUGUCAUGUCCGUCAUAUGAUACAACGAAGACGAUCGCAAUACAAAAAAUGUUGACGAUAUGAGCGACCUACUUAAUCUGUUUAUUUUAAGUUUUCAACAACCAAACAACAAUAGAAAAAUUCCAAAUGCAACUGAAGAGAGAAAACAAAUUAACCAGUUUAUGUUGUUUAGAAAUUGAUACCGGUUUUCCGAGCCCUGAUAAUACCUAUUACCUUUUAAUAGUUAGAAAUGCAUCAUAAGCGCGCUGGUGCCUCGUGGAUAGCUAUCAGUUUCACUUUAUGUAUAAAAAGGUAUUUGUGAAACGGCUUCAUGGAUGGAUUCGUGUCUUAUUGUAUUACAACGUAUUAUUAAGCUAUCUGCGUGCACUUAAUCAUAACAGAUUUGUAGAUUAUAACCUUGUGUAAAAUUGUUACAAAUAAGCAUUUACAAUAUUCAUUCCUAUAGUCAUCGCUGAAAAUAAAGUAUGUUGUUUUUGCUAUUGUAGAUAUAAUAAUUUAUUACAUUUUUAUGCUAAAUUUUUUGAGAAAAUGUGAUAAUUAGCUUUGACUACGAAUAUUUCAGCCCAAAUACGGACUUUUAAUAAAAAAAUAGUUUAAAUUGAGAUCUCACCUUUAGGUAGUUACAAAACCUUAGAUAGUUCUAUCUGAAGCCAAGAAGCUAAAUAAUUUGAAAUAAUUUUUUGAUAUGUACAUAUGAUAAAUAAUUCAUUGAUCGCUUGUAAUAAGUAUAUUAUUGUAUAGGAAUAUUGUUUUGGUCGAAGACAAGGGAAAACUUAGUUUGUAGAUAUGUUACCAAUGAAUUCUAUUUUUGACUCUUAAGUUAAAAAGAAGAUUAGAUAAUUCUCCCUGCCCAGUCGGGAAUGUUUUCUCUUGGCUUAAGGAAAAUAUAUAGUGCCAUUACAGAAGGAUUUGACAACAUAAUGUUAAUAUGACUUAGGUUCUACCACUUUAUGGUUCUUCCACUUUGUGUUUUUUUAGGAAGUGUUUUCCUUUUAUAACUUUUGAUAUAUAGGGGACGGGAAUUUAUAAAUACAGGGAAAUUAAGUGGAAAAGAAAAUAAAUCAAUCAUAUACAAAUACAAAUAAAGAAAGUAAAUAAUGGAGAAUAAUACAAUUCUUUGUCAGUACUUAUUGUACUUGUCUUUUUAAAAAUAAGUGUCCUCAAGAGAGUUUUGUAAAGUCCUGUAUUUGUUCAUAGAAAGGUCAAGUUUCUGACCCGGUGUAGACUUCACUAAUUUUGAUGAUCAGUGUAAAAAGUUUCAAAGCUACGUUGAUCAAAGACAAAUGCUGUACAAACGUUUCAUGUAAAUUUUACGUCUCUCUUUUUGAUAUGCUUAUUUGUUCGUUUGUUUUUGUAUAAAUUCUUUCUAGAAUUAGUUUUGUACAUAUAAGUUUGUUUAGUCUCGUUUCUAUAACUUAUUUUUAAUUAACUACUUUUACACAGUCUGUGUAAGUAAUUACAAAUUGUAUACUUAUUCUUGUCUGAAUACAACUUAUUAAGUUCCCUUUUAAUUUACUUACUUAUUUUGUACUAAGCUGAGUCUACGUUUAAGUAGGCUUUUAAAUUAUUGACUAAAAGGAGAUCAGUCAAUUUAUAGAAAAUCGGGUCGAAACAAAAGUUAAUAAAAAUACAGGCCGACGAAAAAAACUAUUGGUUCAUUGAGUAGGACAGUUUGAGCUAUUACAAUUACAUUAGAUGUUUUUAAGUUCGAAAAGCGACUACUUUGCAAUAGAAAAAUAUUCAAUAUUAUAAAAAAUUUUCAUAGGCCCGUAAAACGAAAUGAAUGUAAUGUAAUGAAGUUUAUUGUUUUAUAGAACAUUUUCUACUGUUGCUAUUAUAUUACUAUAUUGAUUACAAAUCUAUUAACACAAUCACUUAGAAUAUGAUGAUAGAACGGGGUACUCCGUUACUACUACUAUAUGGAUCUCAAUAAACCAACUACGGGCUUUACAGUGUGAUGCCCAAGUGCUUUCUAUGUAGUUGCCGCCUACUGUUUCUUCCUAGAGAAGCAUCAACAACGUAUCGACAAAAUUCAAUGAUUUACAUAUAUUGAACAAAUUUGAUAUUGAAUCAAUAUAACGACUACCAGAAAGUACUAACAUUUUUAUGUGCUGUAUUAUUUAAUACUGUCCAUGAAAGGGUUCUGUUAUAUAUGUGCACACAUAAAGUAGGAGCUAUACCUUACUGCCCUUUUCCUAAUGAUGCGAUAUGCACUAGUAGUGGUUCAUCUCCAAAUAGAUUGUAGGUUUUGGCCCUGGCCUUGUGCUCUCGCUCUCCGCCCGACAUCCGUCCGAAACAAUUAGGUACUGUCAAAUAAGUAGUAUUCGAUCAAAUUAAAAAACGCAUGAUGCGAAUGAAGUUUCAUACUUAACAUUAUCUCUUAAUUUGGUCGAGUAUUAAAAAAACAAUCAAAAAGUGUUUAUUGAAGUACAAUCUGCAUAACAAAACAGAGGUUGAAACCAUCCUAUUAAGUAAUUGAAUACUUGUGUCGGGAGGUCCCGCUCUUCCUUAAACAUAGUUUAGCAAAGAUGUUGAACAAAAAAACAAAAGAUUUGUAAUUAAUUUUUACCUUACGUUAUAAUCUGAUAUGAAUGUUAUUAUUAUUUACAGUAAUUGCUUCAGAUGGAAAACACGAGAGUAGACCCCGUGAUGUGGUAGGAUUGGAUUCGCCAUAGGUACGCAAAGAUCCCCACCCCGCAAUUCUCUUAUGCGCCUCCCAAAUGUGUGGUAAUUGUCCCAUUGUGUAGAACAUGUUCACCAUGGUAACUUCGAGCUUGCUUUGUGUUUGUAAAUCUGUCAAUGCGGUUUUCUUUCAACCAUUAUUGUUCAAUUUGAUUAUUUACAAGCAAAUUUUCAAAUUGAUUGAUUAUAUCUAUAAAUUUGUCCAUGCUUGGGAUUUCUCGUCGUCAAUGCGUUUGCAUUAUUCAAAAUAACAGACCAAAAUUAGUAAUACAAAAAAAAGUGAUGAGCUCUUAAAUAUUUAUUGAUUUUCUUCCCGGCCAAAUAUGAGUGAUCUCCUUUUUUGUGUACCUACUUUAUUAAAUAGUACUUAUGUAGAUUCUCAGAAAUAUUUAAUUUUUAAAGUUUCAUUGAAUACAUUGAGAUGUUUUUGAUGAUUCUUACAAUUUAUACCUACAAGCUUUUGACCAAAUAUUUAAUGGAUUUUAGUUAUAAAGGACCUAUUGGUGCGUUUGCCAUAUUAAAAUGUCUGUUUAAAUUUUUAAGUAGGUCUUUCAUGUUAAAAUUAAAAUUUGUAUGAAAUUAAAAUGUAAAUUGCAUUUCGCUUAAUGCCUUGAAAGGUCGUUGGCCCCAUACAUUGAUAGUUUGCGA